CCCGGCUGCGGCCGCCGCGGCUGGCGGUGGCUUUGCAUCUCCAAAAGGGGCCCUCCGACUUCUCCCUGGGCCAGUCCGGCGCUGGGUGGCGGAGCCCCACACUGCUCCCGGCGGUCUCGGAGCGGGUCUCCCUUCUCCCCAGAGUUACGAGCAACUUUCCCCGCCCCUGGCGCUAAAGUGGCUCAGGGACCGUGGCCGCCGCAGGUGGGUGAGCCCGGGGCCCGGCUCUCUCUGCAACUCGGCUGUGCGCUCGCGCAGGUCAAGCCCUCGGCGCGUGCACCGUGGGGGUCCCCGGCUUUGGCUCUGCGGGCGAGAUGCCUCUGGGACACAUCAUGAGGCUGGAUCUGGAGAAGAUCGCCUUGGAGUACAUCGUGCCCUGUUUGCACGAGGUCGGCUUCUGCUACCUGGACAACUUCCUAGGCGAGGUGGUGGGCGACUGCGUGCUGGAGCGAGUCAAGCAGCUGCACUACAACGGGGCCUUGCGUGAUGGCCAGCUGGCGGGGCCGCGCGCCGGCGUCUCCAAGCGGCACCUGCGGGGCGACCAGAUCACGUGGAUCGGGGGCAAUGAAGAGGGCUGCGAGGCCAUCAACUUCCUCCUGUCCCUCAUCGACAGGCUGGUCCUGUACUGCGGGAGCCGACUGGGCAAAUACUAUGUCAAGGAGAGGUCCAAGGUAGGAUGCGUGCGUGCGCCCAGCCGCAGCUGCCGCUGCCGGGGACGGGAAAACUUCGUUCGGAGUGUUGUGUCUCCUUCGCUGGGCUAAAGUGAACUUUGGUUUUUAACCAAGAAGUCAGCUUGCCUUAUCUGCUCCCUUGCGUCCCCUCCACCUCCCGGCCCACCUCCGUAACCAAAAGUCCUCGCUAAGGGGCUCAGGUGUGUCAUCAUGAUGAGCUUCUGCAGACUUUGAAAGAAUCGCUCUGGUUUUGGUGAUGCCCGCAGGACAACUGGCUUGUGGAGGGAAAAGAUGUCCAUGAUCCGAAGUGCCUGCUUUAAAGCCACUGGGUACUGCCCUUCUCUGUAGCCAGAGGCACUCUUAACUCUACUAGAGACAAGUGUAAUGUUUGCCUUCUGUUAGCUGGCUUGUAGAGUCUGGUGGGGUGGGCAGGAAGAGUUUGCUGUGUGAAACGGUGAGACUCCGUUUCUGCGUGCAGCCUUUGACCCCUAGCGCUCAGGAUUCGCCGCUCAGGAUUCGCUUAGACCCAUCAACCCAACUGAAAAUCCUCACCUGGUGCCGAGCCUCACACCGGCGCCUUUCUUUUCCUAUGCACGCAUGACAAAGUCCACUUAAACAUCCUGAUAAGAUCCUUGGAGAGAGUGGUGAAGUGCCUCUGGGUAGAAACCUUGUUUCUGUUCACAGAGCCGGAAAUGGUGCAGUGGGUGGUGAUGAUUUGUCUUGGAAACGUUUCCAGGUGUACACUGGCAGGCAGGCCAAUGGGAGGUGGAGGCACUGAAAUGGAGCAUAGGCUUUACUUUGGGUUAGUCUUGGCUACUUGGCUUCUUCUUUAACGCUAGUCAAAUCCUCUUUCCAGGAGCAAUUCAGAGUGAUUUGUCCAUAUGUUGCUGUCUGGUCAAGGAACUCUCAGAAUCACUAAAACUUCUCAAGAGCAGCGAGGCAGAGCCCACUAGCAGCUGAGGGACCAUGAGCAUCCAUGCAUGUGGUUGAUAAGCAUGAGGUUUCUCAGUGUUGGUUUCAGGAUAAACUAUUGCAAUCUUAUUUGUCCCCAAAGCUGGAAAGAGCAUGCUUGUAAAAAAGCAAGUAAGUGGUCAACUAGAAAUGUCUGGAGGUGAAGGUUUGAGAUGGAUGAGUAACGUAGGGGAGCUGCAGACUGCCAUCAAGCUUGGAGGAUGUGACCUGACUGUCUGACAAGCGUCCCCAUGGACACUUGGACCCAAAGCGAAUCUUAGAAGAAAGUUCUGGCUUCCGCAUUUUAGUUGGAUUUGGGAGUGGAGUUAGCCUAAUUAUGCUGGAGCAUGAUGGUAGGGGUUUUGUUUGUUUGUUUUCUCCAACAGUUUGGUGGUAGACUCCAAGGUCAUCUGUGUUUUGAUCAGUGUUGUUUCUGUACUAAAUAACUUGCUUAUCAGCCCUGGGGUUAGUCUCAGUAUCAGGAGACACUUGGAGAUUUAACUUGAAAGGACAAAUGGUUCCUUAUUGGUUUUGUAAAGUUCCUAACAAACCUGGGUGUAAAAGAAAUUUUCCUCUAUGAUUUAGGAAUAAAUCCCCAUUUCUGAGGGAGACUGAGAUUAGUUGAUAAGUCAUGUCACUAACAGAGUUUAAAAUUUAUUUUUUAUUUAGCUUUGAGUUCAUGGAUGACGGGGAUCCCAAGCUGGAUUUUAAGUCAAAGAGAAUUAAAAAAAAAAAAAAAUCACCCAGGGUAAGGAAGCAAGCGAGCUCUGUAGAUUUUUUUCCAUCUCAGGUUCUCUUCUGGGUGGACUAAGUAAGUAACUUUUCAGCUGUGUCAGAAGGUGCCUAUGCAAUGAAAAGAGAAAAUCUGUCUCACCUCAGAAGAGGCAUCUUUCCUUAUCCAGAUUUCAGCUUUCUCGGCUGUUCUUGGAACAAAUUCAUACCCUUUAGAAAGUCCACCUCUACACUGGGCUAUUCCCUGGCUAAUUAGAACAACAACAAACAAACAAACACAAAGAACAAACAAACAAACGAAAAACAAGCUUCAACAAACAAUUAGUAUAGUUUAAAAAAUAAACUGUAGCACUUUGGUUUACUUGUGUAAAGACCGCAGCCUCCAGUCCCUUACUGGAGUUCACUAGCGAUGCAUUGUCAGGCACAUCCUGUCUAUAGGGGCUGCACUGGUUUCCUUUCACUGGCCUGUUUUCUUGCUUGCGUGCCUUUCUCCCCUCCCUCCCUGUCCUUAUUUUGUGCUGCUUCCCACAGUACUGAUAUAGAUAGACCUAGUUUCCUGCUUAUAGUUUCAGGGUAGGGGAGUUUUUUUCAGAGAGAGAAUUUGUCCAGAUUUUAAACUUAUUUAUAACUUUUGAUUGAGGGAAUUUCAAAUAUACACAAAUGUAUAUAGGCUAAUAUGACCUCCCAUCAGGCAGUUUUAACAACUGCCAGUUUUAUACAUUUAGUUUUUUAUUGUUUUAAAAUAUACUUUAAAUUUCUAUUCAUUGUGCUUAUGAAUACAUGCACCCUUGUUACAUUUUUAUUUUAUUUUUGCUGGACUUGUAAAGGUCAUUGACUAAUGUGAGUGGGAUUACAAAGCUAUUGGGAAGAAACAAGGAUAUUUACCUUGAAACUGUGGGAGAACUGUUUGUUACCUUUCCCUGUCAAAACUAAGCUGGUUAGAAUUUGUCUGCAUUUCCUUUGUUGUAGCAAAGUGGGGUUUGGAGUCUCUGGGGAAAGUGGGUCCCUCUUAUGGCAUGGCGCCCCCUAACCUCAAGUGUGGUCAUUGCUUUCCAGCCAGCGUUGGUUAUCUGUUACUCUGUUCUGGAGAUCUUAGACCAUAUCCAAGAUAAAUACUGCUUAUAAUUUGCUCCUUUUUCUUUGGCUGCCUAGAGCUUGCAAAUGGCUGUUUUCCAGAGAACGUGUAAUUUAUAGAACCGAAUGUCCCUUUGCCUGAAGCACUCAGUGCAGACUCAGAGUUGGGAACUCUAGCAAUAAUAAAUACCUUUUACUGAGCAGUUUGUACUGCCUGGUCAUCUGCUCAGCACUGUGCUAAUAUGCUGAUUUGACUUACUCUUCUUCGCCACAAUCUUAAAGGAACUGAGCCCCUAAAUAAAUGACCCAUAUACUCUCACAGCCUAGGACAGGAGGCAGUUUCUGAAAGAGGUUGGGAGUGAGGAUUGGCAUUACUAAGCCGGUGACCUUUGAGAAGUCACUUAGGUCUUAUCCAGUGUAAAAUAAUAAUAAUACAAAGGCUUUGGGAGAAAAUAAUUUAUAAACCAUGUAAAAUUCUUAGAAUUUCCAGUCUCUGUUCUUGUUAAAGGGCUCUGAGGGUUUGAGGCGGUAGUCCAAAUUUGUCUUGAGUUUGUGUUCUAAUCAUUAGGCUUUCCAAGUUAAUGCCCCAAAUGUGCAUAUGUAUCUAUGGGUUUCUGUGUGGGGCUCCUGAGUAAGUGAACCAGCUUACACUCACAAAUGCAGCUGAACUGUAGGAUAGUCUAGUUCCUAGUUAACAGUAUCUCAAAUCUCUCUCUCUCUCUUUCUCUCUCUCUCCUCUCUCUCUCUCUCUCUCUCUCUCUCUCUCUCACACACACACACACACACACACACACACACACACACACACUGCAGUGGGUCAGUCAAGUGUGUUUGAAGAAAUGAAAUGCUGGGUUAGUUUUUCCAGUGUUAUUUUUAGGACAGUAUUGCUAGGCCGAUUAUUAGGACCCUGACCAUCUGUGGACAAUGGUGGUGACAGGGUUGUAUUGUGCACAGACAGGUCACUCCUUCCUUGGAGACAAUACAGAGAAUUGGUGAAACAGCAGGAAGUUGAUGAAUAAGAGAAGUGUGUUGCACAGUGGUGGGCUUGCUCCCCAUUGUGGAGCAACUGUUUGACCCACCCUUCUGGUAGUGUCCAGAAUGCCUGCUACUUAAUGGAAGUUAUCCUGGUUGAAAGUGACUCUCAGCAAAAAUGGGAUACGGUACUGUGCCAAUCAGAUAUCUCCCAGGACACCAGCACAGGAAACACCAUCAGGAGUCUCAGAGGAUUAGGGCCAUGAACAUGGCCAUCUGCAUCCAGCUGAUGCUAGCCCUCUGAGUUUUAAGGCCUUUCUUUUUGCCCCUCCUCUUGAGUUCUGUAUUUCUUCCCCUCUCUCCUUCUAGUCCAGCAUUUGCUGCUGUGAUGAUGCCUUACAAUGGCUGCUUUAGCCUGUAGGUCAAGAUGGACGGAGGCUUGAACACCAGCCCAGAAUCUGAGAUCCCAUUGCCCGGCGAAAGCCCGCUUGCCUUCACCUUAGCUUUGGGGCCCUGUGAAUCCUGGCUGGGGUGGUGGAAGCAUAUGGAAUCAUAUAUCACCAAUAUGGUUGCCAGAGCCCAUGAUAGGUGUGAUGCUUAGAGAGCAGAGGUUUGUCAGUAGUGUUUCCAUAAAGUCUUCAACUGUUUGAGGAAAUCAUUUCUAGGACACAGCUUCGGUGAGAGGGAAGCCUGUUGUCUCUGUAAGGGAGAGUUCAUGGUCCAUGGAGAAGCAUGCUGUGUGGCUACUCGGGAGUCUCCCGGGCUCAGGGCAAAGCUAGGAAUCAGCAGACAUCAGGUUAUUUUUUUCUUCAGAGGGUAGCUGGUGUCUGGUUGCUCUGCGGCAGACCUUAGUUAUGGAUGGGGAGAGGAAGGAAGGAGUGCAGUGCUUAUAAAGCCCGAGGUGUGUGUAUGUGGUAGUCAGCACCGGGUGGGGGAUGUAAUGGAUGUCUCCCUCGACCCUCGACCCCUGUUAGUUUGUUUUUUCUGAUUGAAAAGCCCAUCCUUGCAUUCUGUAGUCAUUGUUUUCUUUGCACUGUUAUCCUAAGCAGAGGCAGGUGAAUCUUGGUGAAUUUAAGGCCAGCCUGGUCUACAUAGUGAGUUCCAGAAUAGCCAGUGCUACCCAGUGAGAUGUCUCAAAAAUAUUUUUAUUAUUUUUAAUUACAUGUAUGUACGUGUAUGUGGGUGUGUGCAGGUGUCUAUAAGUCAGGGUGUCAUUAUCUCCUGUAGCUGGAGUUACAGGUUAUCAUACGCUGUCUUAUGUGAGUGAUGGAAACUGAUGUCCGGUCCUCUGCAAGAGCAGUAUGUACUCUUAACAGCUGAGCCGUUCCCCAGUGUGUGCACAUGCUCGAGCGUCUGUGUGCAUCUGUGUGUCUGUGUGUGUGUGUGGUGAGUG